CCCCGUCAUGGCCAUCUGCGUUCUAAGUGGAGUCGCCAAUACGAAUCAUGCGGAAGAGAACUUGAACAUCUCGAAAUCUUUUUCGCACGCCCAUUCGAACAUUGACAGCUAUACUCAAGGCAUCUUGGCUGUCUUCUACGCAUAUAGUGGAUACAAUCAAGCCAACUACGUUCUCUGCGAGAUCGACAGACCGCGAAAGAACUUUGUUAGAGGCAUCAUAAUUGCUGUCGGGAUGAUAUGUGUGCUGUACAUGCUAGUCAAUCUGAGCUAUAUGAUUGUUGUCACGAAAGAGCAACAGCUUCAAGCAGCAGAUGUAGCGCUUGCCUUUCUAACCAACGUUGUGGGCGUAAAGUAUGCGGCCAAGAUUCUAGUCACCUUCACCACUAUCAGCAGCUUCGGCAACAUUCUCGGCAUGACAUUCACACUGUCCAGAGUAAAGCAAGAGAUAGCCAAAGAAGGAGUGAUUCCCUUUGCCAAAUUCUUCGGCGAAAAUCGCACCCUGUUCCAACGCUAUCGGAACAAAGAUGAGUUCAACCAGCCCGAGCCAACUCCCAUCGGCGCCUUGUUUCUUCACUGGCUCUGCGCCGUGUUGUUGAUUCUCAUCACGUGGCCACUGAAGCCGUCGUCUGCAUACAGGAUCCUCGCAAACCUCUAUGUCUAUCUCGUCGAUGUGGUCCCUAGCUUCAUCAUGGCGGUCGGCAUGCUUUAUCUUCGCUUCUUCACCAACUGGGCCGCCAAAUCGCCUCUGCCUUCGUGGUUGAGCUUAACGGCAGCUUUUGUCUACGCUAUCACCAAUGGCUUUCCUCUCGUUGCGGUUUGGAUCCCUCCGUUUCGCACCUCCGACAUGGAUGCGGGGUUGGUGGUGCCUUCAAUGAUGACUGGCCUACUCUCGUGGGUCUUGCUUGCUUGCUGCGUUUUGUAUUGGGUUUCAUUCAGGUUCCUCUUGCCUCGGAUUGGGGCACGGAAGGGGAAGGAAUUCGUAGUCGAGAGAGAGCCUGUGUUUCGAACUCAGAAUGGCGAGAGAGUGCAAUGGCAUGAGAUUGUUCUACACAGUUGGGUCGUCAAGUCGGAGCCAGAGAAGAGAACAGGGUAUAUUCUAGAGGAUAUAUGA